AACAUUUCCGAGUGCGGAGAUAACUUAGCCUGGUGGCCCCGGAUUUUAGAAAUGCAGGUGCAAAUGCUGCUUUUUCGUGCGUUGCGCUUCAUUCCCAGUAACCACCAAAACAUCUACAACUUCAACCAACAGCGCAAUCACUUGUCGCACACUCCGGCAACGUAUUUCGAACGAUACACUGAGACACAAUCGUUUGAUCGAGCCUCCCUCUUUCCGCCCAAGACAACCAGAGCGCCUUUGCCAAUCAUGGGCAAACUCACAUCCACAAUCGGCAUCCCCAUCAAGCUGCUCAACGAGGCCCAGGGCCACGUUGUUACGAUAGAGCUCACUUCCGGCCAGGUUUAUCGAGGAAAACUGCUCGAAGCCGAAGACAACAUGAACGUCCAACUUAAAGACAUUACAGCCACGGCACGCGACGGCCGAGUAUCACAUCUUGAUCAAGUCUACAUUCGAGGCAGCCACGUGCGAUUUUUCAUUGUUCCAGACAUGUUGAGGAAUGCGCCCAUGUUCAGAUCACGAGGUACAAGAGGACGUGGUGUUGGUUUGGCCAGAGGAAGAGCCACUGUCAACAGGGCAAGAGCUGGAAGAAGAGGCUAGAUCAGGAUGUGGAAGUUUUGUUGCUUUGAGGAAAAAAAUCACAAACAGUGGCGGGCUGGGAUCACAUCUACCUGGUAGAACGUUACUUACUCAGGAGGGACGGCGUUGCCACGAUGGGUUCGAAUGGCGGUGAAAAGUCCAAAGGAGGACAUGGACAGCAGGCGAGACCCUACAAGAUGGAACCAGAAGCGUGUUUUGCGGGAGGUGAUGGACAGCUGAACACGCCCAUGAGUUGCGAUGCACCUGCAUUCGAAGUAGGUGGCCGUGCAAUAGGAAUGAUCUUGUUGAAGUGGCUUUGAUAUUAGGCGACUCUUUUGGCGCCUGGAAAGUCGUCCGCCAAGGCCAGAUAUAAAACGAGUCGAGGUUCAAAUACCAUAUCUUUAAUCUUUCCUAC